AUCGCGCGAGAUUUUUCGUGGUGAGUCGGCGGGAAAUAUUGACUAGCAGGUAAAAUUGUCAGCUGAAAAAAAUAUACAGAACAUCGUCGUUGGAAUUAUUCUUAGAAUCUUAUUCAAUGAUCGCAGAGUGUAUUGAAGUACCAGACAUGGAUGCUCCCACAGAAAAUGCAGGUAAAACUACUCUGCAGUGUCCCCCAUCAAAGAAACUCAAACAAGCUCGCCUGCCAUUUAAGAUGCUGGUCUCUAAGACAACUCUCAACCCUCCCACAGCCAGCAUAGGAAAGAAAAGAAAACUCUCUGAUCAAGAAGUCCCAUUGUCAAAGCUCCCUAAGUCAGUAAAAACUGAUGAAAAGAAGUCAAAAAACAAAGAAACCAGCCACAUUGCAACAGAAGAAAAUGAAGUCAGUUCAAGUUCUGAGACCGAAAAACACUACGAGGCAGAACACUCUGAAAUCAAAUUAAGUAAAAAUAAUAAGUCUGGUUUGAUUGAGACCUUUUUCAAUAAAUGCCAGACAAAAAAUGACAUUGUGCACUCUACCAGUGAUGUAGUGGAUUUGUCAGGGCCUGAAGAAAAGCGUGUAAUGUCAACUACAAGGCUGGUACGCAUGAUGACUUAGCUACACAACUUAAGAAUCCUGAAGAGAAAGAAAAUGUCAAUGAGAAUGCAGUAAAAAGUGCAGCAGAAUUCCAAGACACCAAUGAGAUAAAUGAAACGGGUGUUUUAACAACUCUUAAUUCCAAGAGUGCAAUGAAGAAGUUGGAUUCACAGGAGGAAUCUAAAACCCUUGCAACUGAAGGAGCUGUAGAGUCCCCUGAGAACAGUCUUAGCAAGCCAGCCACUGCCAGCACCUCUGUAAUGUCCAGUCCAGUAACACCAGUGUCCAGUAGGAAUCUCCAGUCAAUCCAGCCACUCCACUGGGUUCAGUAACCCCUGUGUCCAGUAAGAAGGUCACACCUGGUAUAACCAGUCCAGCCCUGACCAGUCCAGACAGCAGUGGGGCAUUGGACCACUCUUUUACUGCUAGUACACCAGGAUCUGCUCCACCUAAAAGAAAUGUAUCAUCUAC